AUGCUGGAGAAAGGAAGAGGAAAGGAAAAUAUUGACCGUCCUGCCUGCCAAUUCCAAUUUCUGGAUGAGGUCGAGGAGUGUCCAUCUAUUUAUCCCAGGGAGACUCCAUUAUCUCUGAACGAGGACUCUGUUUUGGGAGAAGAAGAAAAGACAAUAACACCGACCGUCGCCACAAGUUCUCUCCUCCUUUUCCAGAAGAUUUCAUCGUUCAUGAGGUUUGACUUGAAUCCACAGAGCUCAAAAAAAAAAAAAAAAAAAGGUGAGCGGAUGCUGGACGCCUUAGCCAAACCACAAUCCAUGCUCCAAUAUCCUCCUACAGUGGGCCUCCAGCAGUGGAAAAGAUGA